UCCUAGAAUCUUCUUGGAGCUCAGUCAGGCAAUUGAGAAACAUGUUUCAAUCUUUCGUGGUGGUAGUGAUACUUUUUGUGUUGAUCAACGCAGAAUUGCUAAGAAUUCCACUACACCAAACAAAUUUUACUCGAAGAUCGAGUAGCAUCGAUCAUCGUUCGAGUCGUUCGGUUUUUAAAGUAAGACAAUAUUUGAUUAAUGAUAUGGAUUUUGCAUAUUAUGGCAUUAUCUCAAUAGGAACUCCAUCACAGGAAUUUAAAGUACUUUUCACCACUAACUCUCCACAUUUCUGGGUACCAUCUAUAAAAUGCGAAGAAUUCUCUUGCUACAAAUAUAAUAAAUAUGAUAGAACUAAAUCAUACACAUAUGUACAAGAUGAUACUCCAGUGGAUAUUGAAUACGAUAGUGGUGAUCUGUCCGGAUAUUUAUCUGGUGAUACAUUGAAUAUUGGUGGUCUUGACAUUCCACAUCAAAUAUUUGUGGAAGCAACAAGUAUACAACAAUAUAGUUCUCAUUUGGUGAAAUACGAUGGUAUCUUGGGAAUGUGUUACCCCAUAAGAACUGCUGAAGGAACGAUUCCUGUUCUUACAAACUUAUAUCAACAAAACUUAUUAUAUAAACCCGUUUUUGGUUUCUAUCUAAAACGAUAUUCUUCAUCAGUUGAUAGUGAAUUAAUAAUCGGUGGCUCUUACCCCGAUCUUUACAAUGGCGAGCUUACGUAUGUUCCUGUUACCAACAAUGGAUACUGGCACUUUAUAAUAAAUCGGAUUGUAAUAGGACAUAGCACCAUAUGCUUGCACUGUGAAGCUAUCGUCGACAUAAGCACUUCCCACAUAAUUGGACCAUUAAUAGAAAUCGAAGCUAUUAAUAGAUACAUAGGACAUGAAAUUAAUGGAGUAACAAUUGCUAACUGCGACAAGAUUUCUAAUUUGCCCAGUAUCUACUUCGACCUAGGUGAUAAACUAUUUGAACUUACUAGUGAAGAUUAUAUUAUUGUGCUCGAACGAUAUAAUGUAUGUACGAGUGCCUUUAUGGAUGCAGUUUUGCAUGAGAACAGUCCCAAAUGGAUUUUGGGAAAUGUAUUUCUUCGUCGCUACUAUACGGAGUUCGAUAUGAAAAACAAUCAAGUGGGAUUUGCUCCUUCAAAAUAAAUAAUUUUUUAAAAAGUUAAAUGCCAGAAGAUCUAAUAAAUGACAAUA